AACUUGCGAGCGGCUCUGAUUCCGGUGCGGGAAGCAAGGGGGCGAAACGCUUAGGAACCUAUCAAUAAUAAGAAGAGACCAGCUAUUACAGCGGAUCAUCCAGGAAAGCAAGAUUAAGGCAAAUUCUUCUAUAUUUCGGGAAUGUUGGAUUUUAAAGGGGGAGAAGUGUUGUGAUCUGCUGAUAAUCAAAUGAUGGGCAACUGAUCUAUCCAAAAUGAGAGAGAUUGCGAAUUUUCCUUGCUUCAGCUGAAGAGUGGGUGGCUUUAAAAUAAAAUUGAAGAUUGUUUCUCAUACACCUAGUAUGUUUAAACAGAAGUAACACAACAUGGUGUCAGGAGUGGUUCUGGAAGAAUAAUAUGGGAGAAUCAAGAAUCGAAGAUAAUCGAGAUAAAAGAAGAAAAAAAAAGUUUGAACUGUAAACGGUAAAAUGAAAGGGUUACAACCCCAACAAAACUUCAGCUGACUGGCAAUUUAGCUGAGAAUUGGAGGAUAUUCAAGCAACAGUUUGAACUGUACUUAUCGGCGAUCGAUUCUGAAGAAAAAUCAGAAAAAAACAUAUCUGCGUUUCUGCUCCAUGUAAUCGGGAAUGGCACAGUAGAGAUUUGCUUUUUUGCUCAGAAGAUCUUGAAAAGGAGCAGCGCUGUGAAGUGCCACUGUCUUGAGCUUCAUGCCUCUGAAGCCCCAACACAGAGCCUAACACCUCAGAUAAACCUACUUCAGCAGUACAGGUGUUUCACUGAACUUAUAUCAACAUGAACCGUGCUUUCAAUAGAAAAAAAGAUAAGACAUGGAUGCAUUCACCUGAAGCUCUAACAAAACAUUUUAUACCCUACAACGUAAAGUUCCUUGGCAAUGCUGAAGUCGAACAACCAAAGGGUACUGAAAGUGCAAAGGAUGCUGUUCGCAAGCUCAAGUUUGCAAGACAUAUAAAAAAGUCAGAAGGUCAGAAGACUCCCAAAGUUGAACUACAAAUUUCCAUCUAUGGCGUCAAAAUUUUAGACUCCAAAACAAAAGAAAUUCUGCAUAAUUGUCAAUUGCACCGAAUAUCCUUCUGCGCAGAUGACAAAACUGACAAGAAGAUAUUUACUUUUAUUUGCAAGGAUGCUGAGUCAAAUAAACAUUUGUGCUACGUGUUUGACAGUGAGAAGUGUGCUGAAGAAAUAACACUGACUAUUGGCCAAGCGUUUGACUUGGCCUACAAGAAAUUUCUGGAAACUGGAGGAAAAGAUGUUGAGACAAGAAAACAGAUUGCCAGCUUACAGAAGCGAAUUCAAGAACUGGAAACGGAGAAUAUUCAAUUGAAAAAGAAAGUUCAGGAACUGGAAAUUAAAGUAAAUGUCACUCAAGGUCCAUCAUCACCAAAGGUCAUGGUUCCUCAAUCUCCAAGUACAGACUUAUUUGAUAUGGUUCCAUUUUCACCGGCAUCGCCUCUUUUACCAAUGCCAUCCAGUAAUGGUACUGAACCCCCUCCUUUACCAGUUCGAUCUUCUGAGACCAAAAGAGAUAUUUUUGGUGCUGAACCAUUUGAUCCUUUCAUAUCAGCCGGGGGGGACUUUCCACCAGACAUUCAGUCCAAACUGGAUGAAAUGCAGGAGGGGUUCAAAAUGGGACUAACUCUAGAAGGCACUGUGUUCUCUCUUGAUCCUCUGGACAGCAGAUGCUGACAUGAAGGAACUAAAUAUUUGCACAUUUUGAUUGAAACAUAGAGUGCCAGUGAAGUGCCAAAAUGCAUUUUGUUUUCCAUACUGUUCGAUAAACCCUUCCAUAUGCAGAUUAGGACUUAAUUCUUCUUAUGUUAUUUCUCUUUUAAGUUGUGGAAAAAUAACACAGGAAUGUUGCUCACAAUUAAUGUUAACACACAAUGUGUUCUAUGCAGCGUGUAAUUCUAUCGUUUAACAAAAAUGUUAAAAUUAGAAACACCAGUGAACCUUGAGGAUCCUGAUUGCAAAAGUUCUUUUUUAAUGAGUAGAUGAACUUAGUUUGUUUAAUCUAUUGUUUUUACAUAAGGAUUUCACUUUAUUUUUAAAAUUGCAUUUACUAAUAUCUAACAUGCUUAAACUUCAAAUGUAUUUCUUGCAGCAGUGAGAGGGAUAGAUGCCUAGGAGUACCACAAAACUCCUUUUUUAUUGGGAAGAAUAACCUGCACAUUGUAAAAACCUUGUAUAUUCCCUUUGUACUAUUCUGUUUACCCAGUCUUAGAAGAGUGUAUUUUUAUAUGUUUAUUUUUCAGUAGUGUGUUAAAAAUAGUACAAGUAAUUUGAUACAAAGAACCUUCUUUGUAAUUACUUCAUUAUUUCACCUAGGAGGAAGAUUUAAUAACUGGAUUAUAUGCUGUGUAAACUUUACUGCUAAGACUAAAUUUUAUUCCAUACAUUCAAAUUAGAUGCUGUUUGGGUAUAUUGCUAUUAAAUACAUGUAAAUUCUUUGUCCAUCUAACCAACUUUACUAGUGUUUAUAAGAUUUAUUUUUCUUGUUUGAUUAUUUUACCAGACUAGUUAUUUGCCCUUUGUGAUAUUUCAUUUGCGAAGCUUUAACCUUUAUUUUAAUCCUGGUCAUCAAUCAUGGAGGCAUGGAGAAGCAGGCAGCAUACGUGAGGCCCGAACACUUUAAACUUCUAAGCCUCACUCGCACAGACCCCAUUGGUCUCUGGCUUAAAACCUGUGGGAAGUGGUAGCUGGUUGGCAAGAAAGUGGGUCAUCAGCAGAUAAAAUUCAACUGCUUAGUAUUAACUAGGUCUGCAAGUGAUUGCAUUGGUUUCCUUUGGGUGCACCGGUUUCCUCCCAAAGACCCACCAGUUGGUAGGUUAAUUGGUCAUUGUAAAUUGUCCUAUGAUUAGGUUAGGAUUAAAUUGGGGGAUUGCUGGGCAGCAUGGCUGAAAGCGACAGAAGAGCCUAUUCCAUACUGUUGUCAAUUAAUUCAUUCAUUAAGUUGGAUUCGCUCUUUUCGAGGCAGUUGUAACUUAGACAAAGCAACAUAAAGAUACAGAAAUCCAUUUGACCAUUCUACUCAUUCUUGUGUAUAUGCAUGUGUUGCUUCUAACAGAGCUUUUAUCUCCUGCCAUAACACGUGGGGCACUUCAAAUAAGUUACCAAUUACCAUAUGUGUUUUACCAAUUAGUAGCCAUUCUUUAUACAACUUCCGUAGUUUACUUUGAAAAUUCUUUUCUAUUCAGAUCAGUAUCCCUGUGUCAGCCUAUUCAUUUGCUUCUUUGAAACUGGUAUCCCUACAGUUUUGGACAUUUUACAUCACUGUAGUUUAGAUCAACGUAAAUGACGUUUCCAGAGAUUUUGAUUUCUUCUUUGUUCUAACUUUAAAAAAAAGCUGCAGUUGCAUAUCAAGUUUCCGUUGUCAUAGUCCUGCCCACAUUUGGAAUAAGUUUAAAUUUCAAAUCUUAAACAGAUCCCUCGGAACCAACAACCAACCAGUAUGUACAUAAUAUAUGCAAAAUCUAGAUCUAAAAAUGUAAUGUUCACUGUUCGAUGCUGGCCAGUGCAACACCAAACGGAUUAUGUCGGUGGCUAUGACUAAUUUUUGGAUAUACAGAAAGCAUCUGAGAUCAUUCCCUCGCUCUCCAACAAAUCUGCAUUGUCCUCCAAUUCUUGCCAACUCAGUUUUAUCCCCAAGCAUAAAUCAUUUAGCCUUUCACAGCAAAUCCUUUCAACAUUCCGGUAUUUUAAAAGAAAUCCUGCCGCAGAUCAAUUAAGCACAAGCAAUAAUUGCCAUUUGAUCUCUACAUAUAAUUAAAGUUGUUUAUUAUCCUCCCAGGUGUUUGUUAUAUUUAAAUUGUAGGUCUAAGGUACGUUAUCCUUAAACGUAGAAAGUCUGAUUCUUCAGUAUUAUACAAAAAUGAAGAGAUGUACAAUGAGGAUGGAUCAACUAAAUCUGGCAUUCCCUUUAGAGAAAUGUAUUUUUAUGAAUGAUAAUAAAUGUAGCUGUAUGCUUUGCCAGUAUUUCAUAUAACCACCUUUCUUGUUUGCAAUAUGCAAAUGUAUGAAGUCUUCCUACUCCUACCUGUAUCUGUAUCACAAGCUAUUUUUCUCUUGUUUAGUCAAGUUGAAUGUCUAAAUGCUUCGAAGCCUACUUAUCAGCAAGAUCCAUAUAUUUGUCAAUAUUUUCCUAUGCUGUUUAUAUUGUGAAGAUAGCAUAACGUAUUACUGUUUACAUUAUCAGUGACUUGUUAUAAUUUUUUUUUAAAUGUAAGUGCAUCUCUCACAUCUGUGUAGUCACAGAUUUUAACCAAAAAUAGGCAAUUUUACAUAUGUAAAAUAUAAAUGCAUAUGAAUUUGCUCCUUUCUUGUUCUAAAACUUUGCCAUUUGUCAGCAUCUAGAUAUUGUAACAGCUUAAGCAUCAACUGGGUUAACUGCUCGCAAAUUAAUACACUUUUGAUUUUGUGAAAAUCUCCAGCAAAGUAUAAUUUAGAUUCAUAACUAUUUCAGUGUUAUGCCAGUAUCUGGUAAUAUUAAAUAUACAUAAACAUUGUGCUGAACCAAAAAAUGUUAAUUUUUCUAAUGGAUGCAUAUUGUUGUAUUUCUCAUCAUUUUGGAAGAUGGAGGCAGACAAAAUCUACAGUACAGCGUAACAAAAACAGAAAUGCUGGAAGAAUUCAGGCAGUGAAGCAUUAGCUAUGACAAAAGAAACCAGUGAACAUUUUGGGUCAACAAUUCUAAUUCAGAUCUGGAGGGCUUACAGUUUUCAAAGCAGAGCUGGGGGAAGGAGUGAGGUGAGGAGAUUGGUUAUGGCAGAUCAGGUGACAAAAAUCACACAUUCCAACCAUUGGCAAGGAAUGUUGAAGAAACUGGGUACAAAAGGGAAUUGAGUGCAAUAACAAGAGCAUCAUAUAGUACAGUGUAUCUUUGUAAUGUCUGUUAUAAUGUCUCCUUCAUUUUCCAAUAAACUUCAAAUAACAAACAA